CACGAAUGCAACGCGACGAUCAGUCCAAGCACAUUCUUUGUCGUGUGUUCACGACGCUCUGCGUAAAAAUUAGGAAGUAGUGUUUUGUAGUUGUGUUUUAUGUCAGUGAGGACUUAGUGAGUUUUUAUAUACACUGUGAACAGUGAUAAUAAGUGCCUUACAUCAAAAUGGCACUAAAUCAGGAUGAAGCUAAGCAAGUAGUGAGAGUGGAUCAAGAUUCGGAAACAGAUUUACAAGCUCUUUUUGAUAGCGUUUUAAAACCAGAUUCAAAGAGACCUUUACAAGUGCCAUGGAGUAUGAGAAAACUCCCAGACUCAUUUUUUAAUCCUCCGUCAACGGGUUCGAAAUCUAUCAACCACUCUCGCGAAAAUUCAGUGGAUUCCGCUUUUGGGGGUGGUGCAACGGGUGCUACCUCUGUGAAUUCGGUACCUUUACAAACUGCUCAUCACAGGGCUCACAGUUCUCCAGCAUCCCUUCAACAGACUUAUGCUGUAGGACAGCAACAAGCACCAGUUCAUCAUAUAAAACAAAGAUCGUACGACGUGGCCAGUAAAUCAGAAGAUAACACCCCUUUGCCCCCCGGAUGGGAACAAGCUCGCACCCCUGAAGGGCAGGUGUAUUAUUUAAAGUAAGCAAUCUCAUCGAUAUAAUGGUAAGACUCUUGAAUUUUUUCGAUUUCCCUAUUCUGUACGGAUCUUUUUAACAGACGACCCUUAACAGUGUUGCUGGACUCUAUCAAAUGAUUAUAUUCAGAAAAUGAAAUAAAUAGUUAUAAAAUAGUGUUAUAAAAGAAGAAAAUGCUCUUUGUUUCUUCAAAGUCACUACAAUUGAAGCAUCCAAUAAUGACAAAAUUACGCUGAAGCUUUAAGUGAAAAAUAAAUGUUUACAUUACUAUUAAAAUAGCUUUAUGUGUACAUUUUUAAUGUUUUA